AUGGCUCAAUGUUUUAAUAGUUGGACAAAUCAAUAUGUCUAUUGUGGUUCAAAUGUUGGUGUUUAUAUUGCCGUAGGAAUUGUUAUACCUGUGUGUAUCUUAAUUUUGGUCCUUUUAAUUGCUAUUUAUCGUCGAUAUAAAUUAAAACAAGUUAGAAGAGAACAACAACAAAUAUCUAUGUCAACAGUUGUUCCAAUUAAUAAUACCGAAGAUCAACAACAAAUGCCACAGGGUUAUGUAUAUCCACCUACUUAUAGUACAACAGUAACUGAGACUUUAUAUGACAAACCACCAUCUUAUGAACAAACUGUGCAUGACUUAUCGGAAACAAAUAAUGCAUUUGAACAUACGGCAGCAAUUUUGCCUAUUACAACAGUAACAUCAUCAUCAUCGCAACCGAUUCAUCCAUUACAAAAGCAAACUUAA